CCAUGGUAUUUUUCGGAAAGCCCAAGUUUUCAUUUGACGAGAUCCCGCCACUCAAUGGCAAAACCGUCAUCAUCACCGGAGCCAACUCUGGUCUCGGACGCGUUUCCGCCUUGGAGAUUGCACGCAAAGGAGCUCAUGUGAUCCUCGCUUGUCGGUCAAAGGAGCGUGCCCUCCCAGUGGUGGACGAAAUCAAGGCUGUAACAAGCAACCAGAACGUCGAGUUCGCCGAGCUCGACCUUGCCUCCCUGGCUUCUGUCCAAAAGUUUUCAUCCGAAUUUCUGGGGCGGCAUCUUGAGCUCGAUAUCCUCAUCAAUAAUGCUGGAAUUAUGGCCAAGACUGAAUUUCAGCUAUCAGUGGAUGGGAUCGAAAUGCAACUUGCCUCCAACCAUUUUGGCCAUUUCCUCUUGACUCUCAAUCUGCUUCCAGCCUUUCCGAAGGACAGGCCAGCUCGUAUCGUCAAUCUUUCGUCCCUUGCUCAUCAGCUAACGCGCAAGAACGGCAUCGACUUUGACGAUUACAACAACCCUCAACUCUACAGCCCUUGGCAAAACUACGGCCAGUCUAAACUUGCCAACAUUCUCUUCACCAAGGAGCUUCAGAAGCGUCUUGAAGCUGCUGGCAUUCAUAACAUCUAUGUCAAUGCCGUCCAUCCUGGUGCUGUCGACACCAACUUGGCGCACGGAGCCCAAUAUAUGCCCCCCAUUAUUGUGAGCGCCUUCAAGACUUUGUUGGCUGUUAAGCCGGAGUUCGGCGCUCUCACUCAGGUUUACGUUGCGACAUCGCCCGAAAUCGAAAAAGAAAACUAUCGGGGACAGUAUUUUAUUCCAACAGCCAUUUUAGCGACACCAUCGAACUAUGCCACUGACGGUGAACUCGCAACCAAACUCUGGGACUUUACCGUCGGACUUCUCUCGGAAAAGGGCUUCAAGAAUCAAUGGAUUGUUGAUUGAGGCCUGGAGUAAUUUGGCGACAUUUGUCAGUAGCUCAAGUGCUUCUCUUGUAUUGAUAUACAUCGGAAGUUGGAGCGCAUCCCGAUUUUGUCUCGAGAGACUGGGCAUCCUUUUUGGAGUCUGAUCGGAAUAUAUCAGACUUGUCAUUCUGCA